GCAGAGGCCACAUUCAUAGUACACAUAGUGCACACAUAACAACUCAUAGUACAGGAAGGAUGGAUGGAGUUGGGCCAGGCUGUGUGAUGGAAUUUAAGAGAACACUUAUGACUGCUGUGUAAUGGAGUCUGCCGCACACCAAAGCCAGAUGUGGCUUUGCGCUGCCCUGUGGCUUCCCUUCGUUAGGGUGGGUGAUAAAGAGUUGACUCUUCCAUGUAACUUUGGAAGUAGAGAAUGCAUUUUCUUGGUUAUUUAAAAAGGAUUUCUAUAAGUAAUAAAUUGCUACAGAUUCUCAAUUCCACAUGUAAUUCAUUUCCUAUUUCUGUGUUAAUUUGUGACUUGUAUAAACAGCAGAAAAUGGUGGACCAAGUGAUUCUUGAAAAGAAAAGCCAAAACUUGGCAUUGUGUAUAUUGCUAACCAUAAUCAGUGUGUAUUUACUGUCUGCUUUGCCCUUUGAUGCAGGUGAAGUCUUUGAUUACUUAGUUGCCCACGGAAGAAUGAAGGAGAAAGAGGCCCGUGCCAAAUUCAGGCAGAUUGUAUCUGCUGUACAGUAUUGCCAUCAAAAAUGCAUUGUUCAUCGUGAUCUUAAGGCUGAAAACCUUCUCCUUGAUGCUGAUAUGAAUAUUAAAAUUGCUGACUUUGGUUUUAGCAAUGAAUUCACAGUGGGGAACAAGUUGGACACAUUCUGUGGAAGCCCGCCUUAUGCUGCCCCCGAGCUUUUCCAAGGCAAGAAGUACGACGGGCCGGAAGUGGAUGUGUGGAGUCUGGGCGUCAUUCUCUACACGCUGGUCAGUGGCUCGCUGCCCUUUGACGGCCAGAAUCUAAAGGAACUUCGGGAGCGAGUCCUUCGAGGGAAGUACCGCAUUCCCUUCUACAUGUCCACGGACUGUGAGAAUCUCCUGAAGAAACUGUUAGUGCUGAAUCCCAUAAAGAGAGGCAGCCUGGAGGUGAGCGCUCGGUGUUGUAGGUGCACUCUCAGAGCGCAGUCUAGAUGCUGCAGCCAGGGCUCUCCAAGGGCUUAUUUCUUCUUGUUUCUUUGGUGAUUUGUUAACAGCGGAGACAAAAUUAACUUUUGAAGAGGAUAAACCUAGUCUUUGUCAGAAACUACGUGGUCCAAAACAAAAAACCUUUAUGUUGGUUUAAGGCUAACCAGAAGGUUGAUAUUGACUGAAAAUUCUAACCCAGUUAAUUCUUCACUAUCUGAAAGAAUGUGAAACCAAAUAGAAACUUGAGUACAGAAAUUCACAGAUACGUGAGUAGAGCAUAUGGGGCAGGCGCUGUCCACUUAGCACGGCUGUGGCCCACACCGUCUAUACAGCAUAUGGGGCAGGCGCUGUCCACUUAGCACGGCUGUGGCCCACACCGUCUAUACAGCAUAUGGGU